CUUAACAAAUCAUAAUUACAAACAUAAUUUGUUUAUGUUCUUUAAUUCAAAACCAUCACAUCCAUUCCGACAAUCUCGCCUCCGUCUGCCUCCAGAAUCACGUCACAUCAUUCUUUCUAUUAACCUGCGUGUAGCAAAUAAAACAUACUACACGCUCAGCGGUGAAGCUGAGUAAGCAUAUCUAAUGCGUCGAACAUCCAUAUAAAUUGANGUUUUCAAUAUUGCGGAAGCUUAACAAAUCAUAAUUACAAACAUAAUUUGUUUAUGUUCUUUAAUUCAAAACCAUCACAUCCAUUCCGACAAUCUCGCCUCCGUCUGCCUCCAGAAUCACGUCACAUCAUUCUUUCUAUUAACCUGCGUGUAGCAAAUAAAACAUACUACACGCUCAGCGGUGAAGCUGAGUAAGCAUAUCUAAUGCGUCGAACAUCCAUAUAAAUUGAACCCAAAUUCAUAAUCAAAUCAUUUGAUAUCAUGCACAAAUCUAAGGCCAAUCUAUUUGAUGUUUACCAACUCUUAAACGAAUUCUAGUUUAAGAUAUUUAAACUAUAUUAGAGUUUAAGGUACUCUUAACUAACCCUUAAGCUAGGCCUGGUUUAAGAUACAAAUUUUCAAAAAGAGGUUUGAUUUGCAGUAUACAACGGGCAAAAAUAACAACUAAAAAGAAACCCUUGUAAGUAGGGUGUCGAACCUCAGGGAGACGUGAGUUAAUUUAAUUAAAACAAAAGUUUACAAAAGAAGUUGUAAAAUAUUUUUGGUCUUUUUGGUUUUAGAGAUAAAAUAAAAAGUGUAAAAAGAGAGAGUUCCAAACAACACAAAGUUUUUGAUGAUGAAAAGUUAGGGGUAGAAAUUGAUAAAUUAAUUGUCCAAUGUUUUUAUAAAAGUUGGAUUGUUAAUUUAUUUUUAUAUAGAAUGUGUGGGGUUGCAGAAAAGUAUUUAGGGACGCUCUCGCAGUUCACCUAAAUAAUAACCACUCCGACUUUAACACGCUAAUGAUAAAUCCGGAGUAAUAGAUAAAUUCGUAUAUACGGAGUAUAGAUAAAUUCGUAUAUACGGAGUAUAUACGAACAGUCCCAAAAAUGUGAACAAAGCUACAAUAGCCCACAUGGAAUUGAGGCUGUUUGUCUCGCCACUUGAUCCCGUGUUUGAUUCCCCAUCCAGUGUCGGUGUUUUGUCAUUUUUCUCUCAAUUCAUGGCCGAAUUUAAACUAGGAACAUAUUCCAUGUUCGCCAGUGACAUGCCUAAUAAUCAGCUGUGGCGCGAUGGUCCAAGCUGCUCAUCCAUACCCCAAAGUCCAGUGUUCGAAUCCCAACUCCAAUCUUUUCAUUUUUAGAUCUAUUUCUUUCUUUUCUUAAAAUCUCUUCCAUUUAUUUUGGUCCCAAACUUCCAUGUUUAUCUUCUGUUCUUGAAAUUGUUCUCAAUGCGUCCAAAUGACCUCAAAAUACCUGCAAGCAUAGGACCGCUCUACUAAAAUAAAACGGAAAAUUGACAUAAAAUGUAAAAAUUAAUUCAAUUGGGACGCAAAACUCCUUCAAAAUAUGCCUAAAAAGUGUAUAAAAUAUGUGCAUAUCAAGGUUUUCAAAAUCUUAAACUUACCUUUGCUUAAGGUCAUCCAGAAACCGAGCUGCGGAAUGCUCACUGUCAGGUUGGGAGGUAUCCCCAAAUGAGUUCCUCUAGUUUGGUUUGUAGAUCCCGUACGUACGUUUUAACCUAGGCCACCGAAAAUUCAUAAUUAUAUCCGCAAGGCCAAUUUCUAAGCCAUCUUAGAGAGGUCUAGUUUUGAGUGUUAACACUCUAACUUACUGUCAUGCAUCACAUAAUGAUUUAUAUGCCUAAAACAUCAUUUUUGUUAUACAAAAUCAUAUUUGUACUGUUCAUAAUUAAUUGUUAUCAAAAAUAGGAUUUUAGAGCAUAUUUUUAGGAACAUUUUCGUAGCAGGAUCUGGAAGUGAGGAAAAUAAUUUAAAAUAAUCAUUUAAUUUAUAAAAAUUGAUUUAUAUAAUUUUAAAUAAUCCAUAAAUUCAAAAUAAUCUAUUUUUACAAUUUAAAUAAUCAAUUAAUUCAUUAUAAUCGAUUUUUACAAUUUAAAUAAUCAAUUAAUUCAUUAUAAUCGAUUUUUACAAUAUAAAUAAUCGAUUAAUUCAUAAAAAAUCGAUGUUUGCAAUUUAAAUAAUCCAUUAAUUCAUAAUAAUCGAUUUUUACAAUUUAAAUAAUCAAUUAAUUCAUAAUAAUUGAUUUUUACAAUUUAAAUAAUCAAUUAAUUCAUAAUAAUCGAUUUUUACAAUUUAAAUAAUCAAUUAAUUCAUAAUAAUCGAUUUUUACAAUUUAAAUAAUCCAUUAAUUCAUAAUAAUCGAUUUUUACAAUUUAAAUAAUCAAUUAACUCAUAAUAAUCGAUUUUUACAAAUUAAAUAAUCAAUUAAUUCAUAAUAAUCAAUUUUUACAAUAUAAAUAAUCGAUUAAAUGGUACUGACUUCGAACCACUAAUCUGAAUAAAAUUCUAAUCGAUUUUUAGUAAUUAAAUAAUCGAUUUUCGGCCACUGUUCUUCAUCUUCUUCCUCGGGUCAGUUUUAACAUUAUCAUUUUUUAAUCACCAAACUUCAAUUUAAUUAUAUAAAAAUGUUCUCCAAUGUUCACAGAUCAUUUUAGAGUCAUUAAUUCGUAAUUUUAACAACAAUUUCAUGGUUUAUGAUUCUUGGUUCUUCAAACAUGUCAAACACAAAACUCAACCAAAUGACCGCUUAUGAACGCAGAAACGAUCUAUAUGAACAUUCUAGUCACUAGAUAUAUCUACGGGCUUACCUCGAAGAUUAAUGGAGGUUUUGAGAACUUUCCGGCAACAAUAGCUCUCAACUCCGGCGACCUUACACCAAAUUGACAGCACCACUGCGUUCUCCACACUCAAGGCUAUCUCCCAGAACGAAUUUGAUGAAGAAUGGUGAAGAAAUGGUGAAGUUUUGG